AUGGCGGUUGAUGUAUCCAAUGAGGCAGCAGUUGCUCCAUCUCAUUCAAUCGAGAUUGAUCAUUAUCAUCCCCUGUAUCUGCAUCCAUCAGAUACAUCAGGUAGCUUUUUGGUUUCGAUUCAACUAACUGGUCCUGAAAAUUAUGCUAUCUGGAGUAGAUCUAUGCGUCUAGCUUUACUAGGAAAAAGUAAGGUUGGUUUUGUUGAUGGAAAGCAUGCCAGAGAAGCAUUUCUUUCAUUUCUUCAUGAUCUAUGGGAGAAGUGUAAUGCCAUUGUUCUCUCAUGGAUCAUCAAUUCAAUCAGGAAGGAACUCUUGAGCUGUGUGAUUUAUGCCUUAAAUGCAUCAAUCACAUUUCUUUCAUCUCUUCAUGAUCCAUGGGAGAAGUGUAAUGCCAUUGUUCUCUCAUGGAUCAUCAAUUCAAUCAGGAAGGAACUCUUGAGCAGUGUGAUUUAUGCCUUAAAUGCAUCAAUCACAUUUCUUUCAUCUCUUCAUGAUCCAUGGGAGAAGUGUAAUGCCAUUGUUCUCUCAUGGAUCAUCAAUUCAAUCAGGAAGGAACUCUUAAACAGUGUGAUUUAUGCCUUAAAUGCAUCAAAAGUUUGGAGUAAUCUAAAGGAAAGGUUUGAUAAGGUUGAUGGAACGCGCAUUCGUUUUUUACACAAGGAGAUUCACUCUAUGUCACAAGGUACAUCCACUGUUUCUGACUAUUUUUCUAGGUUGCGUGAAUGCUGGGACAAAUUUGAUGCCAUAAUGUCUUGCCCAAGUUGUAACUGUCCUGAAUCUAGGAAGUACAUGCAACAUUUUGAUUAUCAACGUUUACUUCAGUUUCUCACUGGUCUGAAUGAGUCAUAUGCCCCCAGUAGGAGUCAAAUUCUGAUGAUGACUCCUACUCCCACUAUCAAUCAAGCUUAUUUUAUGGUGAUCUCAGAGGAAAGCCAAAGAUCUCUUGGAAAAUCAGUUCAAAAUCUUAAUAUUAUUGAAGGAGCUGCAUUUUAUACAAGCAAAGGAAAUUUUAAGCCUAAUUCCGGAGGAAGUGGAGUACAAUUUAGGCCAUCUACUGGUCAAGGUCAUCCUGAUCAUAAUAGGUCUGGUUUCUACAUAGAUUCUAGUUCUAACUCUGGGCCGAGCAACUCAGGACAUGGAAAUGCUGCUAAUUUUGUUAAUGAACAUGAGACUCCAUCAGAUAUGGAUGGAUAUGCAAACAGUGAGACUAGUGGUACUGCUUUAUCUGCAUGUAUGAUUAAUUACUCUAACAAAUGGAUAGUAGACGCAAGAGCAACCAAUCAUAUGGAUCUCUUAAGUGGAAACGUGAAAGGGAUUGUUAAUCAUGUUCAAGGUCUAUAUGUCGUGGAUUCUCCUUACAUGAAUGCAGGAAGUGUCAAACCUGAGUGCAUCUACACUAAGUUCCAUUCUGCCUUAGUAGAAAAUUCAAAGAAUAAAUUGAACAACUUGAAUUGCUGUGUUGACAAUGUAGACUUUGAUCACAAACAUUGUAUUGUAUGCCCUUUGGCUAAGCAAACGAGAAUUCCUUUCCCUCUGAGUACUUCACAGUCUGAUGCUUGCUUUCAUAUUGUUCAUGGUGAUGUCUGGGGUCCCUAUCAGUCAGAAGUUAUAGUUGUCCUGGCUGAAUUUUUGCUCAUGAUAAAAAAUGUCCAUUCUGCAGUCGUUAAAAUUUUGAGAACUAACAAUGGUUGUGAGUUUUUUAAUUCUCAAGUUUCCAGUUUACUCAAAUGCUUAGGGGUAGUGCAUCAGAGUUUUUGUGUUUAUACUCCUCAACAAAAUGGAGUUGUUGAAAGAAGGCAUAGAUACAUUUUAGACACUGCUCGAGCUAUUAGAUUUCAAGCAAGUGUUCCUCUCAGGUUUUGUGGAGAUUGUGUGGCCAAUGCAGUGUAUCUGGUCAAUAGGUUUCCCUCUCAUACUCUUCAUGGUAAAGUACCAGUUGAGAUUCUCUUUAAGACCUCAACAGAUUUAUCUCACUUAAAGGUUUUUGGUUGUCUUGGUUAUGUAACUUCCUUGAAGAAGUCAGGCAAAUUUGCACCUAGGGCUGUUUCAGCUGUUUUCCUUGUUGAGUCUAUAUAUGUUCGUCAUGAUCAUGAUUCUCCUCCACAUGCUCUUGAAGUUAAUCCUUCCAUACCACUUCAAGAUGCUCUUGUGUCUGUGUCUACUUCAGUUGAGCCAGUUAGAAAGUCCAAUAGAAUUCCUAAACCUCCCAAUUGGAUGAAAGACUAUAUUUAUCCUACAAGAACAAAUGUCUCUUGUCAUUUUCCUAUUUCCAAUUAUGUGAACUAUGAUCAGAUCUCUGGCUCUUAUAUUUCAGCAUUGGCAGCUUACUCAACUAUUUUGGAGCCUACUUCUUAUUCUGAAGCUUCUUCAGAUCCUAAAUGGAUUGCAGCCAUGCAGUCUCAGAUUGCUGCUUUGAUGGAUAAUAGCACAUGGAGUAUAGUAUAUCUACCUUCAGGUAAGUCUCCAAUUGGGUGCAAGUGGGUGUACAAAAUCAAACACAAAGCUAAUGGGAAGGUUGAACGAUAUAAGACACGGUUGGUUGCUAAAGGGUUUAAUCAAAAAGAGGGGCUAGACUAUACUGGAACUUUUUCUCCAAUUUCUAAGACGGUGAUUGUCCAGUCUGUUGUGGCCCUUCCUGCAGCUAAGAAGUGGUUUAUCUACCAAAUGGAUGUGCACAAUGCAUUCCUUCAAGGUGAUAUCCUUGAAUAG